AUGCCACCUUUGAACCUCAUCCCACUUCUCUGCAUUCGGCCCCUAAGGCUGUUUCUGUCCGCAGGGCAUAUCCGUCGAGUUCGCAUCGUUCUGCUCCGGGCAACCCACCUUCCUUUCGUGGCCUUGAUCUGGGCUUUUGAGUCUAGCCGCCGCUAUGUUUCGCAACGAAACAAUCAAUUUCCCCCUACUCAAACGACUUCUACCUCUUCCAUCCAGGCUAACUUCCCUUUCUCCACGCACCACGCUCCGCUUUAUGCCUCCACAGUCGAUUCGUCGCAGCUGGGUUGUGGGAAAUCCAAGGGAUCGACCAACGCGGCUCAGCAUGCGGAAGCCCGCAGAGUGUGUGGACUGACUCCAAAUCAGGCCGGGCGUAAUGGCUUGGCAGAUAUGAUCGACGAGCUGGAGCAGUUGCGCACCCAAGUGGAGCGCGUGGCAGCUACAGUAGCUUUCCACCAAAGAAAUCGACUGUGA